AUGCACAAAGCCAGGAGUCGAGGAGUGGAUUUGAAGCCCAAAGUGCGGACAAGGUCGAUGUCAGAUAUUGGGAUAAGCCAGGCGUCCACCAUGUAUCGUUUGGAGCGGACAGGGAGGGACAUGGCGCGGCCCAUGCCCACCGCGGCGUUGGCCAAUGGGGACAUGGGCACGCUGGACACUAGAGUUUCUGUGGCACAGCUACGACACUCGUAUCUGGAGAACGCCAACAGGAAGCCAGAGCUUGAUCAGCCCAAAGCCGAGGCCCCAGAGGUUGAGGCUGAGCGUGGGGUUGGUGUAACAGAACCUGAUCGGGGAAGGAGGCCCAGACGAUAUAUUGCUCCAGGAGACAACCGCAUGUCCGAACGCUUCAGAACACAACCCAUCACCUCUGCAGAGAGACUCGAGUCAGACAGAGGCAGAUUAAGUCCUGCACCGCUACAAGAUGGAGAAGAUGAAGAGAAACUUGAUGAACGAGCCAAGAUGAGUGUGGCUGCCAAACGAUCGCUGUUUAGGGAGUUGGAGCGUACAUCGGAUGGAGGCAUUCCCAAACCGCGCUCUCGCAACGCAGCUGUGGACAGACGCCUUCGAAGGGUCCAGGACAGAUCUCACACCCAACCGGUCACCACCAGAGAAGUGGUCAACGUGUCCAGUGACAUGGACUCUUCACAGCAGCGCGUCCCCAGCCCCACUGCAGACCACCACAUCAGUAUCCAGUCCCACCCAGACCCCGCAGACUCCCAGGCGCUUCAUUUAGAGAGGUCUGAUCUGGAGGGUCUGGGGCUCGGUCCUGAUGAGCCGGAUCUGUCCUUACUCAGUUUGUCGGAGAAAAUGGCUUUAUUCAACCGCUUCACUGUGACUGAGAAUCCCACUGCAGACGGAGGCCGAGACACGAGGCAGAGAAGAGCCAACGCACGGUUCCAGACACAACCCAUCACACAUGAAGAGGUGGAACAGCUCAAACAGGGAGCAGAGAGCCGCCUGGAGCCACUGUCUGCCUCGCUGAUCCUGUCUGUUGCCGCGGUGACGGGGGACAGCGUUCAGCACCAUCCCCAUCACUCCGCCUCCUUCGUCCCAAACCAACAUCAGCAACAUCAGCAACAUGAGCAGAGCAGUACCAGUGCGCAGCACGAGAGGGCGCUCAAGAGUACCAGCGGCCACCAGGAGAGACCUCCAAAGUACUUCUCCAUGAGCCCCAGCGCAGAGCCGGACCCCCAGCCCACCCCCGCCUCUCUCCUCCCAGAGAAAGCCUCUAGACCUCCAGCUCCAGUCUCUGCUGCUGCCGUACAAGAGGAGCGGCUGGAUUUCCCGCACUCUGACAGGGUCCACGAACGCCACACGCUCCCCUGCGACGAGCCACCAGUGCGGAGGGGAGAACCGGCCGCUCCCAUCCCCUCCACCGCCGCUCCACGCGCUUCUUCAGACUUCCCGGACUCUGCUCCUCUCAAACCGCUCGUGGCCAAAGUCUCGUCUCGCGCCAUUUCUCACGUCUCCAGCGGCCCUCCUCUUCCUCUUCCUCAUCAUCCUCAUCACCACCAGCCUCCUCCUCAAACUCUCCCCAAACCAUUCGCCCCCCAGCCUCCUCCCACUCCCCCCAAACCUGCCUCCCACCAGCCCCCUUCCACGUACCCCAAACCCUUCGCUGUUCAGAAGGCUCCCGGGUUCCAGCAGCCUCCGCUCACUCUGCCCAAGCCCUACCCGGGUAAACCCAGCUCCUUCCCUCAGCCGCUGAAGCCCCAUCCGCCCUUGGACCUGAGCGAAGACCUGAGCCCCGGAGAACUGCUGUCCCCCACCGAGUCCGACGCCAUGUCCAAGCAGAUGUCCAUCAGGGAGAGGGUGGCGCUGCUGAAGAAGAGCGGAGAAGAGGACUGGAAAAACAGAAUCAACAAAAAGCAAGAAGUGGUGAAAGCGGUGUCCGGCGAAGACCUGCCUCCAGACAGAGAGAAGAGCCAGGAGGACUUCCCCCUGGCCCCGGAACCCUCCCUCUCCCUUCCUCUGUCGGAGCUGCUGUGGGAGCCUGUCUUCUCCGCCACUUUCUCUCCCACUGCUUCCAUCAGCCAAAAAAGCCCAGAUCAGACAAAGACAGAGGAGAUCGAGGCUCAGAUGACGAUCGAGGAGAGAAAACAGAUGAUUUCAACUCGAGAAGACGCCUGGAAAAGCAAAGGCCAUGGAGCCGCCAACGACUCCACCCAGUACACGGUGGCCUCCAGGAUGGUCAAGAAAGGUCUUGCUGCUUCGUCGUCCGUCAUCAGCCCCAUCCUGUCUCCUGUUUCCACCAAACUCAAGAGCAGCAUCACCAAGCCACAAGAAGAGAUUGAGGCCAGGCCAGACAUGGAGUCAGACAAGAAACUGGACAAGCUGGAGAGUUUCAUAGGAAGGAUUAAUAACAAAGUGGCCGGUCUGCAGGAAACCACUCUGACAGUGACUGAGAAGGCCGUGAAGGAAGUCAUGAAACUCGACGACGAAAUCUUCUCCAAGUUUUACAAACACGUGGCAGAAUUCCCGAGGAUCCCGUCCAGAAUCGAAAUCAGUGAAGACUUUGACUCCAUCUUUGGGUCUCAGGGGCCAAAGUUGACUUCGUCCAUGGUGCAGCACAAGCGAGCCGUCCGUCCAUCGAGGAACGUCCAGGCCUCGAAGAAUCCUCUGAAGAAGCUGGCCUCACGUGAGGACAUCCGGCUGGAGUACACCGAGCAGAGACUGAACGUGGGGCAGAUCGAGAGCAAGAGGAUCAAAGCCGAGAAGAUUCCAGCGUCAAAGGUCUCGGAGUACUCGGACGCCGCUUUGGCCGGUUUGGCGUCGAAAGAGAACUUCAGCAGUGUGAGUCUGCGAAGCGCCACGGCCUCGGAUCAGACCGGCAACAACAGCGCUCUGCCGCACAAGAACACCAUGCUGCUGCUCGUCAAAGGCCGUCGUCACGUCCAGACCAGACUAGUGGAGCCCAGAGCCUCGUCUCUGAACAGCGGAGACUGUUUCCUGCUGGUCACUGCUGAACACUGCUUUGUUUGGAUCGGAGAGUUUUCCAACGUCAUCGAGAGAGCAAAGGCAAUGGACCUGGCGUCGUUCGUCCAGUCGAACAAGGACUUGGGCUGCAGAGCAAACCAGCUGCAGGUCCUGGAGGAGGGGGUGAACUCUCUGGAGGCCCAGGUCUUCUGGAGCCUGCUGGGAGGACAGGCUUCUUACCGAGCGGCCGGCCCACCAGAGGAGGACGAGACGUUUGAGUCGAACAUCGUGGAGACAAACUGCAUCUUCAGACUGGAGCAGGACAAACUGGUGCCAGAGGAUGAACAGUGGGGGAGAGUGCCACAGUGCUCCCUGCUGGCCACGAAAGAGGUGCUGGUGUUUGACUUUGGCAGUGAGGUGUACGUGUGGCACGGCAAAGAGGUGUCUCUGGCUCAGAGGAAGGUGGCCUUUCAGCUCGCCAAACAUCUGUGGAACGGACACUUCGACUACAGCUGCUGCGACGUCAACCCGCUGGACCCGGGAGGCUGUAACACUCUUAUACCCAGAAAAGGACAGGGCCGUCCGGACUGGGCCAUUUUUGGGCGUCUGACGGAACACAAUGAGACCAGUUUGUUCAAAGAGAAGUUCCUGGACUGGACUGAGCUCAAGUCUCCAACAGUGAAGGAGGCUCCAGAGAUUGUGCCGGAAGUCAAGUCACCACAGGAGGCUCCCGGUCGCGGCUGCAGAGCGUACGACGCGGGCCUCAUGCUGCCGGUGCUGCAGUCCUCGGUGCAGACGGUGCUGGACGGGCUGAACGUGGGCCGGGGCUACGGGCCGGUGGAGACUGAGGACCACAUGCGCUCUCAGGAGAUCUCUACGGUCUCUGUGGACGUGUGGCACAUCCUGGAGUUCGACUACAGCCGCCUCCCGCGACAGAGCAUCGGCCAGUUUCAUGAGGGGGACGCCUACGUGGUCAAGUGGAAGUACAUGGUCAGCACCACAGUGGGGCGCCGGUUGAACCCAGAGGCUCGCAGCUCUGGUCCGGGGAGAGAGAAGUGCUGCUACUUCUUCUGGCAGGGACGACACUCGACCGUGAGCGAGAAGGGCACAUCUGCACUGAUGACCGUCGAACUGGACCAGGAGCGAGGAGGACAGGUCCAAGUGCAGCAGGGCAAAGAGCCACCAUGUUUCCUCCAGUGUUUCAAUGGAGGGAUGAUCGUUCACGCCGGAAAGAGAGAAGAAGAAGAGGAGAACACACAAUGCGAGUGGCGUCUGUAUUGUGUUCGUGGGGAGGUCCCGGUUGAGGGCCAUCUGCUCGAGGUCCCCUGCCACUGCAGCAGCUUGCGCUCCAGAGCUUCCAUGAUCCUCCUCAACAUCAACAAGGCCUCCAUGUUCCUGUGGCACGGCUGUAAGACCCAGCUGCACACGCGGAGUGUGGGAGUCCGUGCGGCACAGCGCAUCAAGGAGCAAUGCCCCCUCGAAGCCGGCCUCCACAGCAGCAGUAAAGUGACCAUUCAUGAGUGUGACGAGGGGAUGGAGCCCCCUGGGUUCUGGGAGGCUCUGGGCAGAAAGGACCGCAAGGCCUACGACUGUAUGCUGCAAGACCCCGGUAAAUUUAACUUCACCCCACGGCUCUUCCAGCUCAGCAGUUCAUCCGGAGAUUUCGUAGCUCAGGAGUUCUUCCACCCGUCCAGAGCUCCAGACCUCAUCAGUUCUCUGCCCUUUCUGCAGGAGGAUCUGUACAACGUGCCUCAGCCCGCUCUGUUCCUGGUGGAUAACUUCCAUGAGGUGUACCUGUGGCAGGGCUGGUGGCCUCCAGAGUCUGAGGUCACAGGGUCAGCGCGGAUCAGGUGGGACGCAGACAGGAAGUGCGCCAUGGAAACAGUGCUUCAAUACUGCACCCAGAAGAAUGAGAAGAAGCCUCAGAAGUCAUACCUGAUCCACGCUGGAUUGGAGCCGCUCACAUUCACAAACAUGUUCCCAAGCUGGGAGCACCGCGAGGAUGUGGCUGAGAUCACAGAGAGGGAGGCGGAGGUGUGUAACCAGAUCAUCUUGGUGGAGGACGUGUUGGCUCGUCUCAGUCAGAGCGCCUUCCCUCUGGCUCAGCUCCAGAACAGACCUCUGCCUGACGGUGUGGACCCACUGCGGCUGGAGAUCUACCUCUCCGACCAGGACUUCCAGAGCGCUUUGGAGAUGACGCGACAGGAGUUUGAAGUCGGUUCGAGAACGUUGCUUUGA